CCGCGCCCCACUCCAAUGGCGUCCGCCGCAUCCACCUCCGCCUCCGCCGCCGUCGCCGUCGCCUCCCGCCUGCUCCUGCGCCGCGCGCCGCACCUGCUGCGCCGCCUCCCCCGCGCGCGCCCCGCGGCCUCGUCGUCUCAUCCGUCGUCGUCGUGGUUCGGCGCCGCCGCCGCUCUCCGACGCCCGCUCGGGCACCGCGCCAGGAUGGGCCACACCUCCGCCGCGGCGUCAGCUGUCCCCGCGCUCGGGCUCACCAAGGCCAACGCCGUCGAGCUCCCCCAGGUUGCUUUCACCGGCAAGGACAUUGAAUUCUCUGACUGGAAGGGCGACAUCCUCGCCGUCGCGGUCACGGAGAAGGAUCUGUACAAAGGCUCAGACUCCAAAUUUGAGAAUGCUGUGCUGAAGAAGCUCGACGCCCAGCUCAGUGGUCUCCUGUCUGAGGCCUCAGCCGAGGAGGAUUUCACCGGGAAGGCCGGGCAGUCGGUGGUUCUCCGCCUCUCUGGGCAGGGCUUCAAGAGGGUGGCUCUGGUUGGCCUCGGCCAGAGUGCCCCAUCCACCGCCGCGGCUUGCCGGGGUAUCGGUGAGUCCGUUGCAUCGGUUGCCAAGUCUGCUCAGGCUAGCAGCGUUGCUAUUGUCCUUGCAUCCCCAGCUGGGAUCCAGGAAGGGUUCAAGCUCAACGCUGCCGCGGCAAUCGCUUCUGGAACCGUGCUUGGCUUGCAUGAGGACAGCAGAUUCAAGGCUGAGUCGAAGAAGGUGCAUCUUAAACAAGUAGAUCUUAUUGGACUGGGUUCUGGUUCAGAGCUGGACCAGAAACUUAAGUAUGUGAAUGAUCUUUCCUCGGGCGUGAUUUUCGGGAAAGAGCUUGUCAACGCACCUGCAAAUGUCCUUACCCCUGCUGUACUUGCGGAGGAGGCAUCAAAGAUUGCUUCUGAAUACAGUGAUGUAUUCACUGCCACAAUAUUAGAUGUAGAGAAAUGCCAGGAGCUAAAGAUGGGCUCCUACUUGGGAGUUGCUGCAGCUUCUGCAAAUCCUCCUCACUUCAUCCACUUGUGCUACAAACCCGUUGGCGGCAAUGUCAAGAGAAAGCUGGCUAUUGUUGGGAAGGGUCUAACUUUUGACAGUGGAGGCUACAACAUUAAGACUGGACCAGGCUGCAGUAUUGAACUGAUGAAGUUUGACAUGGGAGGUUCCGCAGCAGUAUUUGGUGCAGCAAAAGCUUUGGCCCAAAUCAAGCCUCCUGGAGUAGAGGUUCACUUUAUUGUUGCUGCCUGUGAGAAUAUGAUUAGUGGCACAGGAAUGAGACCUGGUGACAUUUUGACUGCCUCUAACGGGAAGACAAUUGAGGUAAAUAACACUGACGCUGAAGGGAGGCUUACGCUUGCUGAUGCUUUGGUCUAUGCUUGUAAUCAAGGUGUUGACAAGAUUAUUGAUCUGGCAACACUAACUGGUGCCUGUGUUGUUGCACUUGGGCCUAGCAUUGCUGGAAUCUUCACACCAAGUGAUGAACUAGCCCAGGAAGUCACCGCUGCAUCUGAGUUAUCGGGGGAGAAGUUCUGGAGAUUGCCCAUGGAGGAAAGCUACUGGGAACAGAUGAAGUCUGGUGUGGCCGACAUGGUCAACACCGGUGGCCGACAGGGCGGCUCAAUCACCGCUGCCCUGUUCCUUAAACAGUUUGUCGACGAGAAGGUUCAGUGGAUGCACAUCGACAUGGCGGGGCCGGUGUGGAACGACAAGAAGCGUGCCGCCACAGGAUUCGGCGUGUCCACCUUGGUGGAGUGGGUCCUCAAGAACUCAUCAUCAUCCUGAAUGAACAUCCCCCCUGAUUUCCAUUGGUUCUGAUACUACGUCGGAAGGAAGCAACCCGAGUGGUGUUCAACAUCAUCUGUACCAGGGAAAAUGAAUGGAUUUUAUUUGCUUUUGGCUGGCGUAUGGACUAUGGAAUGGAGCGAUAUAAUAAGGAAGGGUUUCAUGGAGGAAAAUAAAACAGAAUGUCGUUGAACACUUCCCUUGAAAGAUUAAAUGGUGUUUCAUCGUUUUCAUGU